AUGAUUUUCUGGAACUUGAAUGCAGGCAAUAUGCAGGUCAUCUUACCUGUUAAGCCAGUGGUUGCUGAGUGCCGCAAUCGCCUGCUUCAGGCUGGUUUUCAAGAAUUAAAGGAAACGGAACACUGGGAUAUCCAGCCUGACCGAAAGUACUUUGUGACCAGGAACUUCUCAACAUUGAUUGCCUUUGCCGUGGGAGGCCAGUACCAGCCAGGCAAUGGCUUCACCUUGAUUGGUGCCCACACAGACAGCCCAUGCCUGAGAGUGAAGCGCCGCUCAAAGCGUGGGCAGGAGGGCACUAUUCAGGUGGGUGUGGAAACCUAUGGAGGUGGUAUCUGGAGCACCUGGUUUGAUCGGGACCUCACUGUUGCUGGAAGAGUCAUUGUCAAGGACCUCGCAGCAGGGUGUCUGGAGCAGCGGCUGGUGAAGGUGGAGCACCCCAUUCUCCGUAUCCCGCAUUUGGCUAUCCAUCUCCAACGUAACGUGAACGAGAGCUUUGGACCGAACACGGAGAACCACCUGGUCCCGAUUUUGGCCACGGAAGCACAGGAAGCACUAGAGAAGGAGGUGUCCAGUGCAGGUACUGCUUGUACCUCAGCUGUCCAGGAGAAUCGGCAUCCUCCAGCUCUGCUGUCCCUUCUCUGCUCCCAGCUGGGGGUGAAUCCUGAGCAGGUGGUUGAGGUAGAGCUUUGCCUGGUGGAUACACAGCCUGCAACCCUUGGUGGCGCCUUCAAUGAGUUCAUAUUCUCCCCUCGCCUGGACAACCUCCACAGCUGUUACUGUGCCCUGCAGGCAUUGAUUGAAUCCAGUGACGGACCUGGAGUACUGGCCAAAGAGUCUAAUGUUCGCCUGGUUGCAUUAUAUGACAACGAAGAGGUGGGUUCAGAAAGUGCUCAAGGCGCCAUGUCUCUGCUUACUGAACUUGUACUUCGACGGAUCUCAGCUUCACCACAGAAUUUGACUGCGUUUGAGGAAGCUGUGCCCAAGUCCUGCAUGAUCAGUGCAGACAUGGCCCAUGCUGUGCACCCCAAUUACGCGGACAAGCAUGAUAAGAACCACCGGCCAGAGUUUCAUAAGGGCCCCACUAUCAAAGUGAACAAUAGCCAGCGGUACUCAUCCACUGCAAUCACAGAGGCACUGAUCCGUGAGAUUGCCAGUCGUGUGGAUGUGCCCUUGCAAGAAUACAUGGUUCGGAAUGAUUCUCCCUGUGGUACAACCAUUGGGCCCAUCCUGGCCUCCAGGCUUGGCUUGCGUGUUGUGGAUAUGGGCUGCCCACAGCUAGCCAUGCACUCCAUCCGUGAGAUGUGCUGCACCUCGGGGGUCCUGCAGUCCCUCACUCUCUUCAAGGGCUUCUUUGAGCUGUUUCCCGCACUGGAUCAUGGAUUGCUGAGCAACUGAAUGGCAUCUCGAAUGCAGAACGAGGCAAACAGCCCCUUCUCCUGUACUGAAUAGCAAUUAAAACGCAUUAAUAUCUUAAACUAGUGA